AUGCCUCCCAAUUACAACGAUGAGGAUGAUGAGGUGAUGUUACAGUGGCCUGACCCUCCUGGCUCCUUUAUCUCAUCCGCGUUUACUGGUACAGACGGUGAAGGUUAUGCAUAUAAUUAUCAGGCUACCUUAUCUUCCGCUGGCGUGACGAGCUUGAGUUCGGAGCCUGCACAACAUGAUUCCGGAUGGGACAGCAUCGUGCUUAGUCCUCAAGUGCCAGAACGUCCACAGCAAGAUACCCUUGAUCUGGCUUGGAUUGAUACGAGGCAUCACCUGGGACCAGACAAUAUUCCUGAAACCCUAGAGGAAGACCUAGGAAGUUCGACUCUUACGCAAAUACCAACAGAUAAUCCAAGAAACGAGAGCACUGCUCCUCUUUUUGGAGGGACUGAUCGGAGUGCCUUUGGGAUACCAUGCCCUAAUCCUUUUCCUCUGCAGCCUCCACUUGACGGGGCAAUGAGCCAGGUGAACGCCAUCUACAGAGCUCUCGUGUCUAAUAAUGCAUGGAGUCGUGAUCAAGUUUCUCAAGCGUUGCAGAAUCUUGAAACACUCAAAAUCUUCUUUCAUACAAAGCUCUCUGCACAUCUCGCUCCUGGUUCAUCGAUUUCGUCGUCAGAACCAGACAGAAAGUUAUUUCAAUGCUGGCAAUGUGAUGCUCCGAGUAUUGCAACCUUUGGUUCCUUUAAGAGACAUUUGACUACACAUGGUAUAAUCGAGAGCGAGUGGCGCUGUAAUGAGCCGGGCUGUUUCAUGACCCUCUACCGACAGGAUAGGAUGCGUGACCAUCUUAUUCGCAGACAUAACAGACCCAAUCCGCCCCGAACUGAUGUGGAUGCCACUCGGGUGAGAUAUGCGCCUCCAGUCAACUGUCCCCGUUGCUUCCAUGCGACGCCCACUUGGGAUAUCUAUUUCGAACAUAUCAGAACCCACUGUCUCGUUUCCCCUGGUUCGGGGAAUGCCUCUACCAACGGCAAUCGGUCUCGUCGUGGAGGCAAUGGCCAUGGUCGUGGAGGUAAUGGCCAUGGUCAUGGCUCUUCUCCUUCAGGUCCUAGCAAUCCGAACAGAGGAUCGCAGUUCAACUCAAACAAUCGCGCUGGGGGUACUCCUUAUUUCAGCACGAGAUCUGGAGGCCCCGGGAACAGGAGCUACCAUCAAAGAGGCAACAGUCAUACCGAAGACCCCUUGUUGGAAGACAUAUCUCCCGCAACUCUUGGAUCCAGGGCUCAUCCCCCAAGUGGAGCCAGUGGGCAGCCCAAGAACCUCCAGCCCCCACAGAGCCCCGGACUGUCGCGAGCCAAUCAUUCGACUAAGCGGAAGCGCCCGCAGAAGCAGAAGAAGCCGGCAGAAGAGAAUGCCCCUAGUCCGAACAGAUGCAAAAGAUGCAAUCAUAACAUGGCCAAAUGUGAGCUGUGCAAAUCUGUUUCUGAUUGCCACGAAUGUGGUGGCAUGCUUAGGAGUGCUAUACAAGUUGGGGCUUCCUCGACAAUGCCUGUGCAAACCCUCCCAGAAGCACCUUCUACCAUUGUCAAUUUGGACGAGUCUUACGCUAUUCGUGAAGCGGACAGCUUUACAAUUCCCCAGGACAUGCCCACCGAGUCCCCUUUUUCUUACAAUCUCAACGGCGUCAUGCAAUUGUUUGACCUGCCACCAUUUGACAGCGUGGCCAACGACUUCAUGAAUAAUCUAUCCCCAGACGAUAGCUUUAUUGCGGUGGCAAGGGUGAUCGAAAGACACCCAGCUCUGAGUGAGCUCGGUGGCAAAUUCCAAGAAUCGUCUGUUUUGGAAACUGAUACCGAGUUGCUUCGCAGCAUUGGGCUUGACAGAUUGAGUGGGCCGCUCUCUGCUAAAGGGAAACAGGAAACGAAAGCCAUCCGCGGUCCAGCUCCAGGCACAUACACAGACCUUGUUUUCAGGAACAAAGCAUCUUCGGCCAUUCUAGAGGCUCCCCAGCCGGUAUCUCUUUGCCAGUGCGCAUGUGUUAGAGCCCCCCCGACUGUCGACUACGAGGCCCACACACGCCUCCGAUUAUCCCCAAACAAGCGAGUUGAGGUGACAUUCAAGAUGUCCCCGGAGCGUGGUAAUCACCUACGCACCCGAGUGCGAGUCUUCGUGAAACUGUUCACUCUUCGCACAUCGGCCGCAAAGAAGGAGAGAGCUAACUCAAUCAUCUCCGAAACUACCUCCAACCAGGAUUCUGGAUAUGAUACGGACCCGGAGCAAGAAGAGCUCAUCCCCACGUCGCCUUCCAGCUCCGAGGAUAUGCAAGAUUGGUCCAUCUCCUUCGGUGCCAUGUGGGCGCUAUUGAAACUAGAAAAGUGGGCCAGCAGCAUGGAUGCCAACACGCGCCAGAAUCUGUUCAUAUCUGAACCUGGCCAUGUACUAGGCUUAAUAUCCAUAUAUAUUCUGCAAAGGUUAGAGGGUUCUUGGUCGUCGGUGGGUCGAAAUGGACUUGAUUUGCGUUUGCGUACCUAA